AUGGAAUAUGAAAAAAUUCAUGCAUGCCCUAAUGAUUGUUGGUUGUAUCGAAAGGAAUAUGCCAAUGCAAUUGUGUGCCCUGCUAAAAUAAUGUGGUACUUUCCACCUAUUCCACGAUUUCAACGGAUGUUUAGAAGUGUUGAAUGUGCUAAAAACUUAACUUGGCAUGCUACUGAAAGAGAAAUUGAUGAUAAAUUAAGGCACCUUGCUGACUCUCCAGCUUGGAAGUUAGUCGACACCAUGUGGCCAAAUUUUAGUUUUGAACCCAGGAAUCUUCGUUUAGCAUUGUCAGCAGAUGGAAUAAAUCCUUAUAGUGAUAUGAGCUCCAAGUACAGUUGUUGGCCAGUUGUGAUGGUGAUUUAUAAUCUUCCCCCAUGGUUAUGUAUGAAACGAAAGUUCAUGAUGUUAUCAAUUUUGAUUUCGGGUCCAAAGCAACAAGGAGAUGACAUUGGGAUAUACUUAGAACCAUUGAUUGAUGAUUUAAAACUUUUGUGGGAAAGUGGUGUGCAAUGUUAUGAUGCCUACAAUGAGGAACUAUUAAACCUAAGAACAGUUCUACUAUGGACGAUUAAUGAUUUUCCAGCCUAUGGAAACCUUAGUGGAUGUAGUGUGAAAGGGUAUAAGGCAUGUCCAAUUUGUGAAGAUAACACAUCUUCAAUACGAUUGAAAUAUGAAAAAAAAAUGGCAUACCUUGGGCAUCGAAAAUUUCUACCACAUAAUCAUCCUUUUCGUCGUCAAAAGAAAUCGUUUAAUGGUCAGCGAGAACUUGGAAGUACACUUCUCGAUAUUCCAGAAAAAACUAAGGACGGUUUGAAUGCUAGACGUGAUUUAGCUGAUUUAAAGAUUCGACCUGAGCUUACUCCUAUUAAUGGGGAGAAAAAAUUUUUCAUUCCCCCUGCUUGUUAUACACUUACUAAGAAAGAAAAGCGGUUUCUUUUGAAGUCGUUAUCAGAAAUGAAAGUUCCUCGGGGUUACUCAUCCAAUGUUACGAAUCUUAUGUCAAUAGAAGAUUCAAAACUGAAUAGUCUAAAAUCUCAUGAUUGUCAUGUCCUCUUACAACAAUUGCUCCAUGUUGCAAUCAGAUCUAUGCUUCCAAAACAUGUUCGAUAUGCUAUAACUCGUUUGUGUCUUUGUUUUAAUUCUAUAUGUAACAAAGUUAUAGAUGUUACACAAGUAGAGAAGUUGCAAGAAGACAUUGUGAUUACAUUAUGUUUACUAGAGAAGUACUUCCCUCCUUCAUUCUUCAUGAUAAUGGUUCAUCUCACUGUACACCUUGUUAGAGAAGUAAAACUUUGUGAGCCCAUUUAUUUGCGAUGGAUGUAUCCAUUUGAAAGGUUCAUGAAGGUUAUAAAAAAUGCUGUGAGAAAUCGAAAUCGUCCAAAGGGUUGUAUUGCUGAAGGUUAUAUAUUAGAAGAAGCUGUUGAAUUUUUUUCAGAAUUUUUAUGUCGAGUAGAUCCUAUUGGACUUGGUUGUCAAAAGUUAAAAGACAAUUCUGACUAUUCAGAACUUGGUAAACCAUUGUCAAGCGGAGUUACUAGCAUACCUGAACAAGAGCUUUUAUAUCAAGCUCAUCGAUAUGUUUUGGAGAAUACCGUUGAUGUUGAAACGGAACUUGCAACAGGAGAUGUUGAGGUUUCAGAUAACUUGCGGUGGAUUGCUCAUGGCCCUCAUCCAAUUGUUACUACUUACAAUAGUUACGCUAUUAAUGGAUGUCACUACCACACAAAGUCGCAUGACAAGAAUAAAACUGUACAAAAUAGUGGAGUUAGUUUAGUUGCAAAAACAAUGCAAGUAUGUAGCUCGAAAGAUAAAAAUCCUAUAAUCGGAGAAAUAUCCUUUUAUGGUGUGAUAGAAGAGAUUUGGAAACUUAAUUAUAAUUCAUUUAAGGUUUCCAUUUUUAAAUGUGAUUGGGUUGAAAAUAGUGGUGGUAUCAAAACUGACGAGCUUGGGUUUGUGUUAGUUGACUUACGGAGAGUAUGGCAUAAGAAUGAUUCUUUUAUAUUUGCAACCCGAGCAAAACAAGUGUUUUUUGUUGAGGAUCCAAGUGAUAGUCGGUGGUCUAUUGUUCUUACUUCACCUCAAAGAGAUUUUGCGGAUCAAUAUAAUGAUGAUGAACUUGGAGAUACAGUUUUAAAUUGUCAAGGAAUGCCUAAAGCUACAAUAAAUAUUAAAUCUAGCCUUGAUUUAGACGAAAAUACUCCAACAUAUGUGCGAGCUGAUUGUGAAGGCACAUGGAUUGCUAAUGAGUAA